AUGGGGAAAUUCCAUAAAGAAACUGGCCUUUUCUGGGAGUGGCUUACGAAUGAAGUCCACAAGUUUCAAUCGCCGCUUAUUCAAGUCUUCAUGUCGCCUCUCGGCCGUCCUCACGUUAUUGUUGCCGAUUACAGGGAGGCUCAUGAUAUUCUCGUCCAUCGUCAUAAAGAGUUCGACCGAGCGGACUUUUUCGAAGAGACCAUGGGCGCACUCACUCCCGAGGGACAUAUAAUGUUCAAAUCCGAUGCCAAGUUCAGAUAUCAUCGAAAGAUCCUCGGCGACCUGAUGAGCCCUGGAUUCCUCUUCAAUGUGGCUGCACCGAACUUGUACGCAAAUCUGUGCAAGCACCUUACCCUGUGGGAAGAGAAAAUGCGACUGGCUCGAGGCCAGCCGUUUGAAGCCAUCGAUGAUGUAUAUUACAGUGCUCUAGAUGCCGUUACCAGCUUCACUUUUAGUGACAAGUUCGAGCAUAACGCUACGAAGUCUAGGAUCGCCUUCUACUCACAGAUGAAGGAGACGGACGUACCACUUGAGAAAGGGAAGCCUGUCGUAUUUCCCAAAUCGCCUAUCACUGAUGUUUUCGUGGAGGCAAUUCGCGACUUGAGUAUUAUAUACGAAAAAGUUCUGGCCUCGGUAUCGCCAAGAGUAAGGUGGUGGUUCAUGUUGAGGCGGGAGAGCGUCAAAAGCGCGAUUGCAAGGAAGGACGCUGUCUUCAGAAAGGAGAUCGAUGAAUCUGUUGAGCGUCUCAGAAGUGGCAAGCUUGAGGCGUCAGCCAUGAUCUCCGCAUUGGAUCACAUACUGUUGAAGGAGGCAAGUAUCGCGGAGAAGGAAGGGCGACAGCCUGAAUUCCAUCGUAGGAUGGUCUACGACGAGGUACUUACCUUCAUCUCGGCUGGACACGAUACGUCUUCGACAACGGUCUGCUGGGGAGUCAAGCGCCUGGCAGAUAACCCGUUAAUACAGGCGAACCUUCGCAGACAACUCCGUGAAGCAAUGCCUGCAGCUGUUGCCGAGGAUCGACUGCCUACAGUUGAUGAGAUCAUCCGUACACCCAUGCCAUAUCUCGACGCGGUCAUCGAAGAGAUGCUUCGAGUAGCCCAGCCUGUACCUGGUCUAGUGCGGCAGGCGGUUGUGGACACACAGAUCCUCGGAUGUCAUAUUCCCAAGGGCACACAAGUCUUCAUGCUUGCGAAUGGGCCAUCCAUGUUCACACCAAAACUGCCCAUCUCUGAGAGCUUACGGACGGAUGAGUGCCGGGAAGCGAAAGGAAGGGUUGGUGAAUGGGCUGAGGAUGGGCAGAUGGCGGCAUUUGUACCAGAGAGGUGGUUGAUCCCAGCUGAGAAAGGAACGCCCAACUUCGACGGCAUGGCAUUCAAUCCUACGGCAGGGCCUAUGAUGGCUUUCAGCCUCGGUCCACGAGUGUGGCGAUUCGAGUUGCUUCCUUGUGGAGACGAGCUAUCAUCGUACAAGGCGCAUGAUAAUUUGACCAACAGGCCGGACUUCUGUUAUGUGCGCUUGAAAAGAGCUUGA